GCAGGACUGGACUACACUUUAUACAACAGGCAGAAAAAACGACUUCAGGCUGGGCAACGAUACGCUACCACGGAGAAGAAAACUCCAUCCACCCCGGGGGAAAGUCGAGAAGGAGGGGAGGCCCUGCAACACCGGAGCUAUCAUGGUGGGUGAGCGCCGCAACGGUAACCUGCUGGUUCAGCUGGGCCCGAAACUGCAGGCUUUCCCAGAGGAGCUUAUCCGUCAGAGGAGGACUCACGACAGCCAGACGGAGUACCUGAUUCGCUGGAGCCUGCUGGUUGUGGAUGACAGCAGCAGCUCAGGCUGCAGCAAUGAGGCGAGCGGUGGCAGCAGCAGUUCGGGCGGCGGAGGCUCUAGUGGCUCCACCUCAGGAGAGAGCAAGAGCGAGAGCAUCCUCAUGUGGAUGUCCACAGAAGACGUCUACGCCAACUGCCCCACUCUGCUAGGCAAGCGCAAGGCUGACUCCCAGAGGCCUCUGCUGGAGGAAGAGGAGCGGCCCAGCGGCCAGUUCCCCGCAGAUGUGGACAAGGGAGAGCUGUUGGACAUGAAAGAUGACGUGAAGAAUCUUGUGUGCCGCGCCCGGAAGCAGAUGGCCAAGAACAGCGACUUCGGGAUAAGCAUCACGCACACCAUCCACGUGCUGAGCGCCUACGCCAGUAUCGGCUCGCUGGUAGGAGUCUUCAAGGAGACCGGCGCUCUCGACCUGCUCAUGGAGCUGCUCUGCAACAAGGAGCGACAGACCAGACGCAGCGCUGGCAAGAUGCUGCGAGCCCUGGCUUCUCACGAUGCCGGUGAGUCUGGCUAG